CUUUCUUUUGAUGGUGUGGUGGUGCAAGCAGAGCGCGCCUCUGUUUGGCACGUCCCAGCGGCAGCGCCUGUAUCCAUGACAAAAUUGGACAAUGAUGGCGGACGCAGUCAUGGCGCGCCUGGAUAGCACAGCAAGUUCGCACAUUCGCGGGUGUCUUUCUGUGGAGACAAGAGCUUCCCGUUUGGCGCGUGUUUCUUGCGUUGCAAGCGCAUGUCUCCGCCGUCAGGGCUUGUUCAGAGGUGGUCCGGGGCAAGUCGCACGUGAAAGGCAUUCCUCUUUGUUCCUGAAUUGGGGAUUGUGGACAGAUGAUGUCCACUACGGCACUCAGUUGCGGAGUCAUAGUGACAACAUCCAAGCAGCUUUGAAACAUCAUCUGCCAACAUGGGUGAAGAAUUCUGUAAUAGGAACCUCAGUAUUUUCAUCUCUGCGAACCACCAAUAGAUGUCAAGAAGGUUUGGGCUUCAAACCUCAGAACAAGAAGAACAAGAGGAAGCAAAGGAAGCGCAAUGCUGCGACAGCAACAGACGAAGUCGGGGGCAUUCAAGCAACGAAAGUUUUGAACCUUGACUAUGUUUACUCCGCUCCAGCUGAGGAAGCUUGGACCAAGGGCCCCUUUGACUUGAUGGCCUUCCUUUCAAAGCUCCAGCCCCUUCUCGGAAUGGGUCCUAGUUCGCUCGAUCCAGAGCGGUCCGCAGCAUUUGUAGAAGAAUGUAGAGGUUUAAUGGACGACUUUCUACACGGCCGCUUUGAGGGGACCUUCCCCGAGACGGUGUUGCGCUCGCAACUCGAGAAGCUGGCGCGCUUUUUCAAAACAACGCCUGGCCUUAAAGACUGCCCAGCUGGCACCUGGGCUCCCUUCAAGAUCCAUGACGAGCGUCAAUCUGUGUCUCUCUCGGUGUUACAACUUUGGGUGCAGGUCGCUGAGCUGCGGUCGUUGACACCACCUGAUCCAUGGUCAAGAGCAUAUAGAGAGCAGCUGUCACAUCUAGCUGCAGCCCAGUCCUUGGUUGACUACUGGGUACGCAUGUGGGAUCGCACGUCGAAUUCUGGCAACUGCUCCGAGAGGUCUUCUGCCGAAUACGGCACACUCCUCGAGAACGUCAGUAUGGUGAUAGACAUGGCCGACCGGCAAUUCGUACUGAAUAUUGCAAAUGACAUGGUGGCGCAUCUGAGAAGCGGUGAGGAAGCGCCAAGUGGCACAGCAAAGGCAGCCUCGGCUGUCAUCGAAACUGGCAUCAUAGCGUGCGUCAAGAUAGAGAACCAGGAUCUUGCGCUGAAUGCUGCAAGAGCGGCCUUAAACGGCGGCGUCACAGUGUUGGAGUUGACGAUGACCGUGCCAGGUGCUCUGGAGAGUGUUAAGACGCUUGUUGACGAGUUCCCCAAUGCGAUUAUUGGCGUCGGCACGAUUUACACGGCCGAGGAGGCGGCAGCUGCGGCACAGGCCGGGGCGCACUUCGUCAUGAGCCCAAUCUUCAAUGAGGAGAUUGUGGACGUCCAGAAAAAGUUGGACGUUUUGUACAUCCCGGGGGCAAUGACGCCCACCGAGAUCUGGACCGCUCAUAGGAGUGGCUGCCAAAUUGUGAAGGUCUUCCCCGCUUCGGAAGCGACACUCCGGGCCCUCCGCCGACCGCUCGCGAGCCUUCAAGAUCCGCCGCUGUCGCUGGUCGCCUCGCACGGAAUCCGGAAAGAGGACGUUGGACGGUAUCUCGGCGAUCGUUUGGCGAGCGCCGUCGUUCUUUCGGACGCCAUCUUCGGACACGACCGGAGUGCGGACAUCACUGCGGCGGCGCGGAGAGUAGUGGCAGUUGCGAAAGCCCAUAAGCGAUAACUAGAAAGUGCUUUUAGGUUCUAAAUCAGGUUAGACUAGAUGACCUUCAGGGAAAUUACAUGCGGUAGACUGUACAUUCCUGCCCUGGGCGAAGAUUAAAUCUACAGUAUAGAGCAGCUAUCUUGAAGGGCGAAAGGUGUUGGCGUACCCAGGGUCACAAAAGGAGAUAACGGUUGACGAAGAGGUGAGCAGACACUUUUCACACGUAUAUCGAUGUUGCCCGCGCUGUGAAGUCAGUCGAGGCCGCCUCCACACAUCCAACUUAGUAGCGAGCGACCUUAUAUGUUCAGCAUCUCUUUGAGUCAAGAGCGGGAGAGAUCAAAGGUCCUUGUAAGCAACACGUCUAGGUUCGACGGUCACCAGAUUGUAAUGGUUCAUUGAACACUAGCUUUGUAAACGAGUCCUUUUAAUGAAUCGUUUGCCGGCCG